CGGUCCUCCAUGCUGCAGGUUCCGCGGCUCCAAGGCUGAGGGAGACUCUCUUGUUCCGUGUGCUGCGCUGUGACCCGCUGCCGGGAUCUGUGAGGAGAGCGGGGCGAGCUCGGAAUCCGCUAUGGAUACAGUGACCUAUGAGGAUGUGCAAAUGAACUUCACCCAUGAAGAGUGGGCUUUGCUGGAUCCUUCUCAGAAGAGUCUCUACAGAGAUGUGAUGCUGGAAAUCUGUGAUAAUCUCACUGCUAUAGGCUACAAAUGGGAGGACCACAAUAUUGGAGAAUGUUGUCAAGGUUCUAGAAGACAUGGAAGGUAUAUCAUCUGUCACUCUGGAUAUAAGCCAUGUGAGCAUAAGGGAUCUGGAAAGAAGAUAGGUACCUCUCUCUCACCCAGAAAAAUCAAAAGAUAUGCAGUGGUUAGCACUAUGAGUAGAGAGUGUGAUUGUGAAACAAAUAUAGAAUUAACUGGAUUCCCAACUUCACUGGAAAUACACCAACAUACUUGCAAUGGAGAAAAGCCUUAUGAGUACACAGAACUUGGAAGUUUUUCUGUCUGUCCUGGUUCAUGUUGUACAUGUAAUGUGACUCCCACUAUAGGAAAAUGUUAUGAAUGCAAUCAGUGUGGUAAAGCUCUCAGUUCUUCUAGUACUUUUCAAAGAAAUGUGAAAACUCAUAUUGAAAAAGGAACUGAUAAAUGUGAGCCAUGUACUAAAGGUGUGAACCAUCACAGGUAUGUUGAAACAUGCAAAAGAACCCAUAAAGAAGAGGAAUCUUAUGAAUAUAAACAACAUGAUAAAACAUUUAGAUCUGAUUGCCCUUUACAGUUACAACAAAGAACACAUUUGAAAAUUAAACCCUAUGAAUAUAAUCGAAGUUUUAAAGCUUUUGCAUGUCAUAGUUAUCUUCAAUUACCUAGAACUAAUUCUUUAAUAAAACAGUAUGAAGAUAAGCAAUGUGGUAAAACUUUUACAUAUCCCAGUAUUAUUAAACAACAUGAAAGAAGUCAUAGUGGUGAGAAAUCCUAUGAAUGUAAUCAAUGUGGUAAAGAAUUUGCACAAAAAAGUCAUCUUCUCAAUCAUGAAAAAAGUCAUUAUGGAAAUAAACACUAUGAGUGCAAUCAGUGUGGUAAAGCCUUUUCAAGUAAAAGUCAUCUUCACAGUCAUGAAAGAAUUCAUAGUAGAGAGAAACCCUAUGAAUGUAAUCAAUGUGGUAAAGCAUUUGAAUGGAAAAGUCUUCUUCACAGACAUGAAAGAAGCCAUACUGGAGAGAAACCCUAUGAAUGUAAUCAAUGUGGAAAAGCCUUUGCAAGUAAAAGUCAUCUUCACAGUCAUGAAAGAAUUCAUAGUGGAGAGAAACCCUAUGAAUGUAAUCAAUGUGGUAAAGCAUUUGCAUGGAAAAGUCCUCUUCACAGACAUGAAAGAAUUCAUACUGGAGAGAAACCCUAUGAAUGUAAUCAAUGUGGUAAAGCAUUUACAUAUAAAACUGAUCUUCACAGUCAUGAAAGAAUUCAUAAUGGAGAGAAACCCUAUGAAUGUAAUCAGUGUGGUAAAACAUUUCUAUAUAAAAGUCAUCUUUACUAUCACAAAAGAAGUCAUACUGGAGAGAAACCCUAUGAAUGUAAUCAGUGUAGUAAAACAUUUGCAUGGAAAAGUGAUCUUCACAAUCAUGAAAGAAUUCAUACUGGAGAGAAACCUUAUGAAUGUAAUCAAUGUGGAAAAGCCUUUACAUGUAAAGGUCAUCUUCACAGUCAUGAAAGAAUUCAUGUUGGAAAGAAACCUUAUGAAUGUAAUCAAUGUGGUAAAGCAUUUGCAUGGAAAAUUUCUUUUCACAGACAUGAAAGAAGUCAUACUGGUGAGAAAUCCUAUGAAUGUAUUCAAUGUGGUAAAGAAUUUGCACAAAAAAGUCAUCUUCUCAAUCAUGAAAAAAGUCAUAUUGGAAAUAAACCCUGUGAAUGCAAUCAAUGUGGUAAAGUCUUUUCAAGUAAAAGUCAUCUUCACAGUCAUGAAAGAAUUCAUAGUAGAGAGAAACCCUAUGAAUGUAAUCAAUGUGGUAAAGCAUUUGAAUGGAAAAGUCUUCUUCACAGACAUGAAAGAAGCCAUACUGGAGAGAAACCCUAUGAAUGUAAUCAAUGUGGAAAAGCCUUUGCAAGUAAAAGUCAUCUUCACAGUCAUGAAAGAAUUCAUAAUGGAGAGAAACCCUAUGAAUGUAAUCAGUGUGGUAAAGCAUUUGCAUGGAAAAGUCCUCUUCACAGACAUGAAAGAAUUCAUACUGGAGAGAAACCCUAUGAAUGUAAUCAAUGUGGUAAAGCAUUUACAUAUAAAACUGAUCUCCACAGUCAUGAAAGAAUUCAUAAUGGAGAGAAAUCCUAUGAAUGUAAUCAGUGUAGUAAAACAUUUGCAUGGAAAAGUGAUCUUCACAAUCAUGAAAGAAUUCAUACUGGAGAGAAACCUUAUGAAUGUAAUCAAUGUGGUAAAGCCUUUACACGUGAAAGUCAUCUUCACAGUCAUGAAAGAAGUCAUAAUGAAGAGGAACCCUAUGAAUGCAAUCAAUCAACGUAGUACAGCAUUUACAUGGAAAAGUCACCUUCACAGCCAUAAAAGAAAUCACAUUGGAGAGAAACCCUAUGAAUGUAAUCAGUGUGGUAGAGAUUUUCAUGGAAA